CACCCCCGGCCAGCCGCACGUCCGGCGGCAGCUCAGGCGGGCUUGGGCGCCCAGCCGGCCCCCGCCCCUCCUCCGGGAGGGCGGGCGAGCGGCUGCGGGGCGGGGCGCGGGCUCGCUCGGCCUCCUGGUGGCGCCGCGGCCCUUGCACUCCGGCCGGGCUCGGGCUGCAACGGGAGCGGGACCCGGGAGGCGGCGACGUAGCUGGGACAGUGAAGCAUGGAGCUGUAUUUCGGUGAAUACCAACAUGUGCAGCAGGAAUAUGGCGUCCACCUAAGACUCGCAAGUGAUGAGACCAAAAAGUCGAGGAAUUCCCAGCACUCCAAGGCAGGUUCCUAUGGGGUCAGUAUUAGGGUCCAGGGAAUCGACGGCCAUCCCUACAUAGUUCUGAACAACACAGAGAGGUGUCUUGCAGACACAUCCUUUCCUGAAAAUGGGCCAUCGUUUCCACCUCCACUGAUAAAUCACCUGACCCCCCAUUCCAGCAAUGGGAGUGUGCUAAAGGAAAACAGCACAGAAGAGUUGCAGCUCCCAGAAAACCCAUAUGCCCAAACCAGCCCAAUAAGAAACCUGAAACAGCCCUCUUUCCAUGAGGGCAAGAACGGAGUUCUAGAACACAAAGAUGGGCCCAUGAAGCCUUCCCACGUGCUGAACUUUCAAAGGCAUCCAGAGCUUUUACAGCCCUAUGACCCUGAAAAGAAUGAGUUGAACUUACAAAAUCACCAACCCCCUGAAAGUAAUUGGCUAAAAAAUUUAACAGAAGAAGACACCAACAAUAAGAAGGGUUGGACUUGCUUUCCCAAACCUGGCCAUUCCCAGCCUAUCAACCCUCCCUUGGAAUCUAGUGUGACAGCCAUUCGUCUGUGCAGCUCCGUGGUCAUUGAAGACCCCAAAAAGCAGACCUCAGUGUGUGUGAAUGUUCAGAGCUGCACCAAGGAGAGGGUGGGAGACGAGGCUCUUGCCCCGAAGGGGGGGUGCCUAGCUGCCCACAGCCCACACGCCCACCCUGAAACCAAGAAGACCAGGCCAGAUGUUCUUCCUUUCCGGCGACAAGAUUCAGCGGGACCAGUCCUGGAUGGAGGUCGGUCACGGAGGUCCUCCUCGUCAUCCACAACUCCCACUUCAGCCACCUCUUUGUACAGAUUUUUACUUGAUGAUCAGGAAUGUGCCAUCCAUGCAGACAACGUCAAUCGUCAUGAAAAUAGAAGGUACAUCCCCUUCUUGCCAGGAACUGGGAGGGAUAUUGAUACGGGAUCCAUUCCUGGUGUGGAUCAGUUAAUUGAAAAGUUUGAUCAAAAACCUGGGCUUCAGAGAAGAGGAAGAUCUGGAAAACGAAACAGAAUCAACCCAGAUGACAGGAAAAGAUCCCGCAGCGUGGAUAGUGCCUUUCCUUUUGGUCUUCAGGGGAACUCGGAGUAUCUAACUGAAUUUAGUAGGAACUUGGGCAAGUCCAGUGAACACCUCCUCCGGCCCUCCCAGGUGUGCCCGCAGAGGCCACUGUCUCAAGAACACCGAGGGAAGCAAAGUGUGGGCCGUACCUUUGCCAAACUGCAGGGAGCCACACGAGGCACUCAGAGCUCCCUCCCCAGGUCUCAGCAGAACAAAGAUGGGAAAGUGGCUGAAAACAAAGGAAGUCAGGAAAGCAUGGUGAUUCCUGUGUCCUCCCUUCCAGCACAGAGUAAAAAGGAAGAAGAAAUAAAAACAGCCACUGCUACCUUGAUGUUACAGAACCGGGUGGUGCCAACCUCACCUGAUUCUGGUGCCAAGAAAAUUUCUGUGAAGACGUUUUCUUCCAACUCAAACACUCAGGCCACACCGGACCUCCUAAAGGGCCAGCAAGAGCUCACUCAACAAAGCAACGAGGAGACGGCCAAGCAGAUUCUUUACAAUUACCUCAAAGAAGGAAGCACCGACAACGAGGAUGCUACCAAAAGGAAAGUCAACUUGGUCUUUGAGAAAAUCCAGACCUUAAAGUCGCGAGCAGCAGGGAGUGCACAAGGAAAUAAUCAAGCUUCUAACUCAUCAUCUGAAGUCAAAGAUCUGUUGGAACAGAAAAACAAGUUGACCUUAGAAGUGGCUGAACUUCAGAGGCAGCUUCAAUUAGAGGUCAAGAAUCAACAGAACAUCAAAGAAGAGAGAGAAAGGAUGAGGGCAGACUUGGAAGAGCUGCAAAACCAAUGUGACAGUAAGGUGGAAGAGAACUCCGUGUUGCAGCAGCGACUGGAAGAAAGUGAAGGGGAGCUCCGGAAGAACCUGGAGGAGCUCUUCCAGGUGAAGAUGGAACGAGAACAGCACCAGACGGAGAUCAGGGACCUCCAGGACCAGCUCUCAGAAAUGCACGACGAGCUCGACAGUGCUAAGCAGUCUGAAGACAGGGAGAAGGGGGCGCUGAUAGAGGAGCUGCUCCAGGCAAAACAGGAUCUUCAAGAUUUGCUAAUCGCCAAAGAGGAGCAGGAAGACCUCUUGAGAAAGAGGGAGCGAGAACUCACGGCCCUAAAGGGUGCUCUUAAAGAAGAGGUUUCCAGCCAUGACCAGGAGAUGGACAAGCUGAAGGAACAAUAUGAUGCUGAACUGCAGGCCCUGAGGGAGAGCGUGGAAGAAGCAACAAAGAAUGUUGAGGUCCUGGCCAGCCGGAGCAAUGCUUCAGAGCAAAACCAGGUGGGAGCUGCCAACCGCGAAAAGGCUUUAAAGGAGGAGAACGAGAAGCUGCGGGUAAGAAUUGGAGAGCUGGAGCGGAGAAUGGCUCAGCUGCAGAGGCAGAUCGAGGAUGUGAAGGGUGAUGAAGCCCAAGUGAAGGAAACACUCAAGAAGUGCCAGGGUGAAAUGCAGCAGCUGGAGAAGGCCCUUGUGUGUGCCAAAAAGGAAGAAAAAGAAGCCACGUCAGCCAGAAGGGUCCUAGAGAGUGAGCUAGCAGAUGCUCAGAGAGAUCUCAGUCAGAUGACCCAGAAGCAGAAGCAUCUGUCUGAGAAGCUACAAGAUGAGACUGAGCAGAAGGAACAGUUGAGAAAGCAGAAGAACGAGAUGGAGAAGGAGCGCUGGCACCUUGACCAGACCAUCGAGAAACUGCAGAAGGAGAUGGCGGACAUUGUUGAGGCAUCCCGCACAUCAACGCUGGAACUCCAGAACCAGCUGGAUGAGUAUAAGGAGAAAAAUCGCAGGGACCUUGCAGAAAUGCAAAGGCAGUUGAAGGAGAAAACCCUAGAGGCAGAAAAGUCCCGACUGGCGACCAUGAAAAUGCAGGAUGAGAUGCGAUCCAUGGAGGAAGAGUUACGGGACUACCAGCGAGCUCAGGACGAAGCACUCACGAAAAGACAGCUUCUGGAGCAGACACUGAAGGACCUGGAGUAUGAGCUGGAGGCCAAGAGUCACCUCAAAGAUGACCGCAGCAGACUUCUCAAGCAGAUGGAGGACAAGGUGUCCCAACUGGAGAUGGAACUAGAAGAAGAAAGAAACAACUCGGAUUUGCUGUCUGAGAGAAUCACUCGGAGCAGGGAACAGAUGGAGCAGAUGAGGAAUGAGCUACUUCAGGAGAGAGCUGUGAGGCAAGACUUGGAGUGUGACAAGAUUUCCCUGGAGAGACAGAACAAGGACUUAAAGAGUCGGAUUAUCCACCUGGAAGGUUCCUACAGGUCCAGUAAAGAAGGGCUGGUGGUACAGAUGGAGGCCAGGAUUGCAGAGCUGGAAGACCGUCUGGAGAGUGAGGAGAGGGACCGGGCCAGCCUACAGCUCAGCAACCGAAGGCUGGAGCGGAAAGUGAAGGAGCUGGUGAUGCAGGUGGACGAUGAGCACCUGUCACUGACUGAUCAGAAGGACCAGCUGAGCCUGCGCUUGAAAGCAAUGAAGCGACAGGUAGAGGAGGCUGAGGAGGAAAUCGACAGACUGGAAAGUUCCAAGAAGAAGCUGCAGAGGGAGUUGGAGGAGCAGAUAGAUGUGAAUGAGCAGCUGCAGGGGCAGCUCAAUGCCAUGAAGAAGGACUUAAGCAGACUUAAGAAGCUGCCCAGUAAAGUGCUGGACGACAUGGAUGAUGACGACGACCUCAGCACCGACGGGGGAAGCCUCUAUGAGGCGCCACUGAGCUACUCCCUUCCCAAGGACGGCAGCACCGCCAGCCAGAUCUGAGUCCACUUCCGGGGCUGAAGUGGCCUAUCCUCCUAAUGGACACUGCAGCCGUCCAAAGCAGAAGGGAGUGUGUCUCCAAUGAGACCUGCCUCCUCUUCUCACGGCACACCGGUUCCUCGACCUUACAUUCCUCCCUAGGGUCUUUCCAUGGUCCAGUGGCGCUUGGAUCUUACGGAGCUAUUGCAGUUUAAAAUGAGGAAUAGGAGCCAGCACCACUGGGGCAUUUUCAAAAUUAUAAUCCGGUAGGCUGAAGGCCCUGAUCUGCACAGCCAUUUGCCAUGGCCACUUUCAUUGGCUGCUUCUGCCCUCCUCUCCCCUGCCAAGAGAAAGGGCCUGAAGUGCGAGUUAUUGUUAACAGUCACUGUGCAGAUGAGGAAGUGAUAUGUAGGCUGUACAUAUUUUAACCAGACCUUCUCACAGACUACUGCUGUUCCGUUUUGGAAUAUGUCAGAGCCUUUGUAGGGUGGCUUGUUUGUGAAGUUCACACACUAUAUUGAAUAUUCUUUCUUAAAAUAUGAAGCUACUAGAUUUUAAGUAUUAAAGAGUAGAGAGAGGAGGUAGAAGGAAGACCACUUUUAAAAUCAGUUGGACAAAAGGAAUUGACAUAGUGACAAUGGAUAAUCAGUACUGGGAGUCAGUAUUCAGGUGAUCUGGGUAAAGAGCUUACUGACAGAAGGUCACAUACUAUAGGCUGUAUCUAUGGCCUUGGCUGCUUAUUUUAUCUAAAAUCAUAAUUUCUGAACCAUGCUAAGAUCAGUUCCCAGUUGCCACUUUCUUUAAUACAGGUGGGGAGGGGAGACUUGUAUGCAGGGUUUUUAACAAGUGGUGUGUUUUCUGUAAGGAGGGGGGCCCACUGUCAUGUCUCAGUGGUCCAUUCCUCCCUCCCCCUACAGCAGGCCUCCCUGCUAUGCUCUGGGGCCUGGGAUGGAAAAGAUAGCAGAGCACAGGUGGACAGGGUUCAUGGGCUUAAGUGAGAGGACGAGGCAGGAGACAUCCAGUGAAGUCAUGGAGGAAGGGAGAGAUGGGUUGUGGGUGUGGGGUUAGUGUGAGGAAGACAGAAGUUCUUGAAAGCUGGGGUAUGUGUAGAUAAGAGGUAGGUGGAACUGGAGCUAGGUGACGUCAAGGAGGGAGGAAAAUAUGGCAUGAUAUGCAAACUGGAGGGGUCCUUCCAACCUCCAGCAAGCAGUGACAGGGAAUGGGUGAGGUCUGGGGCAAGUCACAGAGCCCACUCAGCAGGGUUCAGAGUGAUGGGCCCAGUUGAAGGUUGAGGGUCUGGAGCCAGAAAGCCAAGCCCUUCACCUGCUCCAGGGUCACUGUCCCCUCACCAUGGCUGGAGGUGGUUCUUGCCUCUAUUUAUUCUCUGGGUGUGGACAGAUUCCUCCUUUUAGCCAUUCACCCAUUUAGCAAACACAUCCUGGGCACCUGUGAUACAUAGGUACAGUCCUUGGCCCUGGGACCCCAGCAGUGACUAGAACUCCUCCCUUCCUGGAGCUAGGGGAAGGGGGCAAUAGGCAACCAUCAAACUGACACAGGGCUGAGCACCUCUGUGCCCAGCCCCAGAUCCUUCUAUCUUCUUGGGGAUGCAGCAGGUCUGAUCACACUCAGAGUGGUCUUCCUUUCUCAGCUGCUUCUGCCAUUAUUAUACAUUUGCCAAUGAGCCUGCCUAGAAAUGCCUCUGCCUACUCCAAACUCCAAUCAGCAUCUGAUUUGUCCUCAUUCUGGUAAUUCUUUCUGUUAGCUAUAGGGCUGGCUACAAGAAGUAAAAGUGCCCCCGAAGAGAAGAGAAGCCAUCAUUCAAAACACACCCUGAAAAGAGACCUCUAAGCAUGUUAACAAUUGCAUGCUCCUAUGCUGUAAUGGAGUUGGCAUGUAGUGUAGCAGGCUGGGAAGCUACUGGAGGGGAUUGACUGGACUGAGAUUUAGGGAGGUUUUUUUUCCCCUAAGUUCCAGCUCAUCUCAUUACCCAUGACCUUGACAGGGUCCUGGGACAAGAUGAGGAUUAGAAAGGUCCUUCCCAGUGUGAAUAUGCUAUCAUUCUUUGAUUUUAUUAUAUAUAUAUAUUUUUUUGUUUGUUUGUCUAUUGCUUUAAGAACUAACCCUGCUCAAGAGUUUUCUUUAGCUAGCUUAAAGAAAAUAUUUUAUGUAAAAGGAAAUAUGUGGUCAAAUGCAAUGUUGAGACAAUCACCAUAUAUCUAUUUUAUUUUUCCCUGCUUUGAAGGGUCGCUCUAUCGUGCUGAUUGGCUUAUUCUGUUGGUUUUUUGCUUUCGGGUAUGGUUUGGUUCCUUUUGGUUGUCAUGGGGAAGAGAUGUUCUUAUUGUGGCUACCUCCAUGUAAGUGAAUUCCUGGAUAAAAUAAGAUUUCCUUUUCAAUAAACAGUGUCAUCCAAUGGGAA